CCUAAAACCCUACUGCCUUCCGGUUUCUCCCUCAAAACCUCAAAAGUACUCCAGGACGCCAUAGAAAUGCUUCCUUUCCUUCAGCAAUUCACUAACCAGAAUAAUGCUUCUGCAUGUCCUGGUGGUUCACAGGCUGUUGGAGUUGCUAACAAUAUGUCGCCCAAUUUAAGACCAAUUCAACCACAAAUGGGUUUUGUAAAUCCUCAAUUAUCGAUCCCGUUUGAUAACAAUAAUCCUAAUUAUAAUCCCAAUUUAGGUAAUAUGAACAUGCCCAAUUUCAAUGCUUUGCCAAAUAGUCAUAUGAGUAACUCCAUUGUGGGUUCUGCUCAACAGAUUCAAUCUCAAAGUCUUGGGCAGAAUUUGAAUGUUUUGGGGUUUCCAAUGAAUGGGCAAUUAAGCAAUUUGGGUCAAUUGGGUAAUGGGCAAUUUGGAUGGCAGAAUCAGUUACCCAAUGUGAACCAACUAGGGAAUAUGCCUUUAUUGAAUCCUUCUCAAAUUAAUGCUUUGACUCAGUUGUUGGGUUGUGCUAAUCAAGUUGCUCAGGCAAUUAAUCCGCAAAAUACACCCUUUUUUGGGAAUUCACAGCUUGGUUUUGGCCAACCUAAUGGUGGUUUGCAUCUGGGUAAUUUUGCUCAACAGUUGCCUGUUGUGCCGAUGCAGUUGCCGAAUGUAUCGGGUCCACCUUCCAAUGUUGUUGGUUCAUCUUAUCAGCAUAGUCAGCAGAUGCAGAGUAAUCAUGCUCAACGACAAGGGAUGCAUAAUUUUAAGUCAAGCCCCCAUCAAAAUAAGAAGUUCGUGAAGAACCAGAAAAGAGAAGCAUCUAACCACAGGCCGCAAAGGUCUCAAGAUCAUCAAAUACAUAAUUCAAAAGGCAAUAAAGAUGCUGGUGCUGCUAAUUCUGACAUCCAAUCUAAGGGUGGAAAGCGAAGGUCACUUGCUGCACUCUACACUGAGAAAGAAAUUCAGCAGUGGCGUGAAGAACGCAAGAAAAAUUAUCCAUCUAACUCCAAUGUGAAAAAGAAGCUGGCACAGAAGCAAGCAAAUGCUGAGAAUGCUGAUCAAGAUGCCAAGUUACGGCGUCAACAACUAAAGGAUGUAUUGGCAAAGCAAGUGGAGUUGGGCUUUGAAAUUCCUGAAAUUCCAUCGCACUAUCUUGUUGAUCAAGAUCAUCAGGAUAACAGGAAGGAUCGAUCUAGGAAACCUAUUAACAAAGGACGCUUUCAAAAAAAGGGAUUCCAGAACAGGUAUAAUCGAGCAGGGAAGCAUGACAGAAAAGACCAGUUUUCUUCAAAAAGGGAAGCAGAAGAAGGUGGUUCAUUCAGGAAACGUGAUCGAUAUGCAAAAAGACACAAGUCGGAUAAUGAGAAUUUGUCCGAAACUUGUUUAAGUUUGAGGGAGCCGACCCUUCUGAAAAAGCUUCUAAGCAACGAUAUGAAAAGAGAUAAGACCCAUCUACUACAAGCUCUUCGUUUCAUGGUCAUGAACUCGUUCUUCAAGGAUUGGCCCGAGAAACCUCUUAAUUUCCCGAAGGUUAUUGUCGAGGAAACUGGAGUUGAGAGCAAUGUAAUUGAAGAGAUGUCGUCCUCUUUUAAGGGCGAACUCAACGAUGAUGAUGACUGCGAUGAUGAUUCUUCUAUUGAAGGUGACGGUAAAAACGAUGUGCCUCAAGAAGAGGGAGAAAUCACAGACUAGGAGGAAGGUCAUUUUUCUUAUGUUUUACCAAUAGCUGAAUUACUAAUCUGAGCUACUUUUGAAGAUGAACUCAUCCAAUAUAGUUUCAUCAACAUAUGUAGUAAAUAUGAGUCUUUUUGUCUCAGAUAAAUGCAAAAGUAAAAGUGUUUUUCAUCAGCUUACACUUAUCAUUAUUUUAAUUUUCGGC